AUGGCAAGCGAAGACCAACCACCUAAGGUUCCGGACGGCUGGAAAGCUGUCUUCGACAAGGAAUAUAAAACGUGGUUCUACGUAAACCUGAAAACCAACGAGUCACAAUGGGAAGAACCCAAGGGAACGACAUGGCCUCACAUAGACUCCCAGAGACCAGCAGGUCCCCCACCACCACCAACUUACGAUAAAGCUACUGGACAAUCGGCAAGAACCGGACAGCCUUACCCAGGCCAGCAGUAUCCUCAACAGCCAUACCCACAACAGCCAUACGGACAAGCACCAUACGGACAAGUGCCAUACGGACAACCGGGUUAUGGUCAACCAGGUUAUGGUCAGCCUUAUGGACAGCCAGCCUACGGACAGCCAGCCUACGGGCAACGGGCUUACGGGCAACAACCAUACGCUCCACAGCAGAAGGCAAGCGGUGGCAGCAAGUAUGGUGGUGCCAUGAUGGGUGGUCUGGCUGGUAUGGGUACUGGUUUGCUUGCUGGUUCUCUACUCACAAGUGCUAUGCAGCCUGAUGUCUACGUCGAAGAGAACAAUUACUACGACGGCGGUGAUGGCGGUGGCGAUUACGGUGGAGGCGACUUCGAUGGCGGCGACUUCUGA